UCAUUGCAGAAAUUAGUAAACAUAUCUGGGACAUCCCGAAGAAAAAUGCAGAAGACAGCACGACUGUUUACUACUGGUCUUCAGUUGAGGACGAUUCAUCGGUCAUUUUUAAAGAGAGCAUUAUCGUCCGUAUCCGAAGAUCAGUCAAGUAUUUCCAUAGCCGAUGAUGUGGUGAAUACUUUCAAAUCUGUUCUUGGUAGUCACAACGUGUCCUCAUCCCUGGCAGUCAGAGAGCAUCAUGGGAAGGAUGAAUCUUAUCAUAAAUGUGUUCCACCUGACAUUGUAGUAUGGCCAGAGAGUGUGGAUAAAGUUUGUGAGGUCGUCAAGUUAUGCAGCAAAUACAGUAUACCAAUGGUUCCAUUUGGUUCGGGUACCGGACUUGAAGGAGCGGCUACAGGAAUAAGAGGCAGUGUUUGUAUUGACAUGACGAAAAUGGAUAAAAUCGUUGAGGUGAACCCUGACGAUUUUGAUGUGACAGUUGAAUCUGGUGUGACAAGAAAUAUGCUUAAUAGUUACUUGCGAGAUACUGGACUUUGGUUUCCUAUUGAUCCUGGUGCUGAUGCCACUGUAUGUGGUAUGUGUGCAACUAGUGCGUCUGGUACAAAUGCUGUACGUUACGGCACCAUGAGAGAAAACGUCAUGAAUUUACAGGUUGUGUUAGCCAAUGGCAGUGUCAUUGAUACCGCUGGAAAGGGCAAGAGAUCAAGGAAAACAUCAGCCGGGUAUAAUUUGACUAAUCUUUUUGUUGGUUCAGAGGGAACUCUAGGAAUUAUCACAAAAGCAACUAUUAGGCUUCAUGGCAUUCCAGAAUCUAUGGUGUCUGCAGUGUGUACAUUUGAUACUGUGCAAUCAGCUGUAGAUACUGUUACACAAGUUAUGCAAUGUGGAAUUCCAGUGUCUAGAAUUGAAUUUUUAGAUGAAGUUAUGAUUGACGCCUGUAAUAAAUAUAAUAAUGUUGAUUAUAAAAUUGCUCCCACAUUAUUUCUUGAGUUCCAAGGAAAUGACAAGGUUGUGGAUGACCAGGCAAAAACUGUUGCGGAACUGGUAGAAUACAAUGGUGGUUCUGAUUUCACAUGGGCCAAAGAUGUAGAUGAGAGAAAUAAAUUAUGGAAGGCAAGACAUAGUGCAUGGUAUUCUACAUUGGCUCUCAGGCCUGGGGCAAAGGGAUUGUCCACUGACGUUUGUGUACCAAUUUCUAAACUACCAGAAGUCAUCGUAGCUACUAAAGAAGACCUGAAGCAUUCUUCUGUCAUAGGUCCAAUUGUAGGCCAUGUUGGGGAUGGUAAUUUCCAUGUGUUCAUGAAUGUUGAUCCAGAGAACCAGGAUGAAAUUGAUGAAGCCAGACGUCUAGCUGAAAGAAUGGCAAGACGUGCAAUCGCAGUUGGUGGAACUUGUACCGGGGAACAUGGUAUAGGCCUUGGAAAGAAACAACUGUUAAUUGAAGAAAUUGGAGAAACAGGUGUUGCAACCAUGAAACAAAUUAAAGCAACCCUUGACCCCAAGGGAUUAUUCAAUCCAGACAAAGUUUUUCUGUAAUUCAGGCAGUUAUUGAGAUAUUUCUUAACUCUGAUUCAAGACAGACAUAGACAGAGUGAGGCUAUUGUAUCUGCAGGGAAAACAUGUAUACAUUUCAAUUGUGGUCAUAAAACUCAUUAAUACAUCUGCUGUUUACUUUAAUCGAUGUGUCAUGAAUUAGCUAAAAAACAUGAUCUUGUAUGUGCAUUAAAAAUACUUUGCAAUAUAAUAUAUAACAU